ACAAAUAAAUUACAAGUCUAAUUGAUUUGUGUUUUGGUUUCUAGAAAUAAAUUAACUUGAAGUAAAUAAUAUUUCGUCAAGUUGAUGGUGGGGAGGCAACAUUACCAAUGUCAAGUGGACUUUUAUUAAGUUUUAAAUUUAUAAAUGGAUUCUGAUUUUUAUUUUACUUCUACACAACACGUUUCUGGAUCGGAAAGGUUAUCAGAAUCUCAAUACAUCAACAGCACCUUUUCCGAAUACUCACCCCCAAAAUAUGAUAUCGAUCAGGAUCUUGAUCACUCUCAAUAUUUAAAGGCUGUAGAUGAGAAUUUCACAGAGGAGGAUACCUGGAAGGUCAUAGGUUCAUUUUUUAAUGAACACGGGUUGGUUCACCAACAAAUUGAAAGUUUUAAUGAUUUCAUAACAUAUCGUAUGCAGGAGAUCAUAGACGCACACCCACCAAUUGAGAUCACGCCGCAGCCAAAUUAUCGACCUGAAGAGGAGGAGGAAAAUAGUAUACUCUAUAGAUUAAAAUUUGGCCAGCUAUCUCUAAACAAGCCUUCGGUGGAAGAGAAGGAUGGAGUUUUCAAACACAUAUGGCCGCAAGAAGCAAGACUGAGAAACUUAACAUACGCCUCCCAAGUGUACAUUGACAUUGAGCAGGAGACAUUUGUUAAUGAAAAUGGAAAGCUGGUCCAAACAGACUCCACAGUGUACCCAAGAGUUCCUCUGUGUAGAAUGCCAAUGAUGCACAAGUCCUCAUACUGCUGGACCAGAGGCCUUAACGACCGGGAUUUGUCAGAUAUCGGCGAGUGUGUAUUUGACCAAGGAGGUUACUUCGUUGUUAACGGAGGAGAGAGAGUUUUAAUAGCUCAGGAGAGAAUGGCGAACAACUUCGUCUAUGUUUUCAAUAAGAAAAACUCCAAGUAUUCAGCAGUUGCACAGCUUAGAUCACAACCUGACUUCAUCCAGGGAGUUACAUCCCUUACAAUUAUGAUUUCAAAUUCGCAACUCACAAAAAAUAAGAUGGUGGCAGUACUCCCGUAUAUCAGAAGUGAUAUACCAGUUCCGAUACUUUUCAGAGCACUUGGGUGUAUCUCAGACAGGGAUAUACUCCAGAGAAUAGUGUACGAUUUCUCAGACACUCAAAUGCUGUCGUUAAUGAGAGCAAGCCUUGAAGAAUGUUCGGAAUUCACUUCACAAGAACAAUGCCUUGACUUUAUAGGUAAAAGAGGCCCUACAGUGGGAGCACUUCACGAGGAGCGUCUAAAUUUUGCUAAGGAAACACUACGCCGUCACUUCUUACCACACGUUGGGACAGAAGUGGGUUCUGAGUCUAAAAAGUGUUUUUACCUGGGGUACAUGAUACACAGGCUACUCCUAAACCAGUUAGGACGUAUAAAUGAAGAUGACAGAGAACACUUCGGAAAGAAAAGACUAGAUCUAGCUGGGUCCCUAAUGGCAAGUAGCUUUGGGACAUUGUUUAGAAAGCUGGCCAAGGAUGUUGAAAGGUUCCUAAAAAAUCAAAUUGAUUCAGGACGCUCGUUUGACGUGGCAGGAGCUAUUAAAUCUUGCUCACAAAUAACACAAGGCCUACAAUAUCAACUCCUAACGGGAAAUUGGGGAAGAGAUAAGGAUGGAAAUGUAGUGAGAACAGGAGUUUCACAAGUCUUGAAUCGUUUAACAUUUGCAUCAUAUUUGUCACACCUUAGAAGAUUAAACACACCACUAGGAAGAGAAGGGAAAAUGGCAAAGCCGAGACAGUUACACAAUACACAUUGGGGAAUGAUAUGCCCAGCAGAAACCCCAGAAGGGCAAGCCGUUGGUUUGGUAAAGAACCUAGCAUUGAUGUGUUAUAUAAGUGUCGGAAGCCUAUCAAGCACAAUCCUGGACUUUUUGCUGGAGUUUGGAAUGGACUCUUUGGAUGAAAUAAGUCCAAUUUUGAUAAAAGACAGAGUUAAGAUAUUCCUAAACGGUACCUGGGUAGGAGUUUUCAACCAGCCAGAUUCUUUGGUAAACGUACUGUUGGAGCUGAGAAGGAAGGGAAAUAUAAGUAGCGAAACGUCAAUAGUAAGAGAUAUCAUGUCAAACGAGAUUAAAAUAUUCACAGAUGCAGGUCGUUCAAUGAGGCCCUUGUAUAUAGUUGAGAAUAACCGACUGUUGAUAACAAAGAAGCACGCUGACAUGAUAGAAAACCGUCAAUUGACCUGGUCAGGACUGCUGGAGACAGGAGUGGUGGAGUACAUUGAUUGUGAGGAGGAGGAGAUAUGUAUGAUAGCAAUGUUUCCAGACGAUCUUGUGAAUAAUAAUAACUACUGCAACAGUUACACACACUGUGAAAUACACCCGAGCAUGAUAUUGGGAGUGUGUGCCUCUAUUAUACCCUUCCCAGACCAGAACCAGAGUCCAAGGAACACAUACCAGUCGGCUAUGGGGAAGCAAGCCAUGGGAGUGUACAGCACAAACUAUAACUUAAGAAUGGAUACUCUAAGCCAUGUACUAUAUUAUCCACAGAAGCCAUUAGUGUGCACAAGAUCAAUGGAGUUUUUAAGGUUUAGAGAACUACCUGCAGGAAUUAACUCCAUAGUGGCAAUUAUGUGCUACACAGGAUACAACCAGGAAGACUCACUAAUCAUGAAUCAGUCAUCAAUUGAUAGAGGACUGUUUAGAUCAGUGUUCAACAGGACAUAUUCAUCGGAGGAAAAGUAUUUGGGUAGCACAGUUAUCGAGUCGUUCACCAAACCAACAGCAUCAGGAAACUUCUUAAAUUUGAAGAGGGGGGAUUACUCGAAACUAGAUAAUGAUGGGCUUGUUGAGCCAGGAAGCAGAGUAUUGGGAGAUGACAUCAUAAUAGGAAGAUCAUCACCAGUGGAAGCAGACCCAAAUAACCCACAAUACACCUCUGAAAUGAAUUUGAGAAUGGACUGUAGUUGUUGCCUGAGACCUAACGAAAAUGGAGUGGUGGAUAACGUUCUUUUAACAGUAAACAACAAGGGGUGUAAAUUCACAAAAGUAAAGGUGCGAAGUAUAAGAGUGCCCCAAAUUGGAGAUAAGUUCGCAAGCAGACAUGGCCAGAAAGGAACGAUAGGAAUGACGUUUAGAAUGGAAGAUCUCCCAUUCACAUGUGAUGGGAUAGUACCUGAUAUUAUCAUGAACCCACACGCCGUGCCCUCAAGAAUGACAAUAGGACACCUGAUUGAGUGUUUACUAGGGAAAGUUGGAUCUCUGGUUGGUAUGGAAGGUGACGCAACACCAUUCAGUAAAAUGACACUGGACCAGAUUUCUAACCGUUUAUUCAAGUGCAGAUACUCGAGAUACGGAAAUGAAGCCUUCCAUAACGGAUUCACAGGUAACCUGAUGGCGAGUAAGAUAUUUGUUGGUCCAACAUAUUACCAAAGAUUGAAACAUAUGGUGGAGGAUAAAAUACAUGCUAGAGCUAGAGGGCCAGUAACAAUGUUGACAAGGCAGCCAACAGAAGGACGCUCUAGAGAAGGUGGGCUCAGGUUUGGAGAAAUGGAACGUGACUGUAUGAUAUCACACGGAGCAGCAAAGAUGCUCAAGGAAAGGUUAUUUGAUCAAUCAGACGCAUACAGAGUACACGUUUGCAAUUUCUGCGGACUACUCUCAGUAGCAAACCUGAACAACAGCUCAUUCCAGUGCACAGCAUGCGAUAAUAAGACACAAAUCUCACAAGUCACAAUUCCCUACGCCUGCAAACUACUCCUACAGGAGUUAAUGGCGAUGGCAAUUUAUCCAAAGUUAAUUUUAACCGAAGCCUAGAACAGAAAGCCCAGAACAGAAAGGCUGGAAUAAAUUAGGCUGGAACAACAGAAUAUUUCAACGAAACCUUAUUUUAACUUAUUUUUUAAAUUUUCAUAAA